AUGCACAGCCCAGAAAAUCCCAGCACCGGCGCUGGAGUGAAUGCUAUCACUGGUGCCGCCACAGGUGAGCUUCAAAACGAAGGAUUCCAUGGAAUGUCCUCAGCCGCAUCUUUCAUGGAUUCCGUCCGACAAGCUAUUGAGGGUCAAGUCUCGACCGAAUUUGCUGGUAGCAUUGUGUAUCCAUCUUCAACGACUAUUCCACCUAUUAAACGACGACUUGAAUAUGUCCUCCCACCUCGUACAACAUCCGAAGAGCUUCAGGAGAGCUAUUGGCGUUUUGUCUAUCCCCUCUAUCCUUUCAUCGACCGAGAAAGCUUUACUCAAGUGUACAGGUCUCUCUGGGACGGUACUCCUCUGCCAAGCAGUGGCUCUCAUCUCAUGCGUCUUGAAGAAACGACGUCUGUUGCGAUCUUCAAUCUUGUUCUAGCACUCGGCUGUCAGUAUCGUGCUCAAAGCGAGGCGGGAGAAGCCCACGAUGCAGCUGAAGUAUUCUUCAAUCGAGCACAUUCUCUGGUCCGAUUUGAUCCGACAGACACAAGCCUGCUGUCAUUACAAUAUGUUCAAGUAAUGUUGGUCAUGUCACAGUACUUGACCGGAACAGGGAAUACGCACAAGGCCUGGGGCGUCAUCGGGACCGCGAUCCGGGGAUGUCAUCAUCUGGGUCUGCAUCGCAGUGCCUUUUACGACCAUAGUUCCUUGAGUUACCAAGACAAGGAUUUCGUGAGGAGGGUCUAUCAUGGCUGUGUAAUGUUGGAGAGAAUGGUCUGUAUGAAUCUCGGUCGACCCGUGAUGAUAUCGACAUCGAAAGAAGAUCCGAUUCCCCUGCCUUCCGAAAUCCACCAUGAAGAUGCCUCUGCGGUCGAGAUGUCCAGUUCUACUCCAAAGCAGUCGGUUUUGACCUUUUUCAUAAUAUCUACGAAAUUGUAUACAAUUGCUCAGCAGAUCCUGUCUUCUUUCUACUCGGAAGAAAAUGAAAGAUCAACGCAAGGCUAUGAGAAGUACUUUGAAGGGGAGGCAUCCAUCUUUCGGUUUGACAGAGCUCUCCAAGGAUGGUACGACGAGGUUGUUCCACAUCUGGACUUCCAAAAUGGUCCGGUCUUAGGAGAGACUGAGAACGACUGGCAGAUGACUUUUCGCAGACAGGCGGUUGUUCUGCGGCUCAGGUUUCUGCAAGUCAGAAUUUAUCUCUUCCGUCCUGUGUUCGUCAGAUUUUGCGUCUCGCAACCAGCACCUGACGUAUCCGCCGAAACGGCGAAAAGACCCUGUGGCGAUGACUUGAAUCACCGCGUUGCACUGCAAUGCUGCAUUCUCUGUGUCAAAACCGCGAGAGAGCUUAUUGAGAUCAUACAUGACAACUUAGCAACGUCAAGAAGCUGGGGCAGAAAGCCCGCAUGGCUCUACGGAGUCUUGCACGUCUACCUCUCUGCCACCGUCUUGCUGGCGGCACGAUCCAAGCCAGUCGUCACUCUCGGUGCUAUAUCAGACGCUGAACUUCACAAUUCCUGGAAAAAGGCGAUGCACAUACUUCGCUGUUUCCAGAAUGACAGUACUUCUGCGAAAAGAUGUGUGACUGCACUUGGCAGUCUCUAUGAGAGGCUGUCGUUACCCGAUGGCACAAUUUUCGCCAGCGGCGUCGAAUCCACUUCGAUACCACCUCAUCCCCUGGCCACAGACUCGAUUCAACCUGCUCAGGUGCGGACCCAUGGUGUCAUGGGAGACACUCUCACCGACUCUGCAGAUUUGGACACGCAAGAAGUGGCUCAAGUAUUCGGUUGGUUUGAUGCAUUUGAACCGUUCGAUCCGUCGGAUCUCUCCUGGCUCAAUGUUAUUCCCGGUGACUUCCUGUCUUGA